AUGGGUGAAUCUCGAACGGAACUGGUUGCUUGGCUCAACGAGCUGCUUCAGCUAAACUAUAGAAAAGUAGAGCAGGCUGGCACGGGUGCUGCGUACUGUCAAGUCAUGGACUCAAUCUUUCGUGACGUCCACUUAACCAAGGUCAAAUUUGAGACUAAGCAUGAAUACGAAUAUGUGGGCAACUACAAGGUUCUUCAACAUAUAUUUGACAAGCACAAAAUUGACAAGGCAAUCGACAAACUGAUGAAGUGCAAGUUCCAAGAUAACCUCGAGUUUGUUCAAUGGUUGAAGCGGUAUUGGGACGAAAACUACCCGGGAGGCGAGUACGAUGCUGUGCUUCGACGCAAGAGUGGUGCAGCCAAGGCCCAAGCUGUGCGUACUGGUGCCAUUCCACCUGCCCGCAAGUCAGGAGGCGGCAGUGGCUCAACACGUACAACCAGCCGCGCUGCAUCGACUACCUCGGGACGUUUAUCUUCAGGCAGCGCAAGCGCAGCGACCAUGGAUAAUCACUCUUCGUCCAUGAUCAUUGAUCUGAACAAACAGUUGGCCGAGCUCAAGGUGACUGUGGAUGGUCUGGAAAAAGAACGGGAUUUUUACUUUGGCAAGCUUCGCGAUAUCGAGAUACUAGUACAAGAGCAGCUGGAUGAUCUGGAAGCAAAGGGACUGGCCCACAAUGGCGAGGCGCCCGAUGCCCCUGUUCUCAAAGAGAUUCAGGCAGUGUUGUACAGCACCGAGGAUGGCUUUGAAGUCCCACCUGAAGAGGAUGAACUUGCAGGAGGAGGAGGAGGAGGGACGAUAGCAACAGCAGCAGGAGGACAUCAUCAAGAUUAUGACGAUGAAACAUUCUAG